AUGCAUAUCGUGAAUUUGUAUCAUGUGCUGGUUGUGUGCCUUUUUGGCAUAGUGUGCUCCUCCUGGUUUAAUAAGCCGGCUGCCAGCGCUUCGGCUGCCUCCCCUGAAGUGAGCAAUAAGGGCAUAAAUUAUGAAGAUGACUACUACAACGUAGCACAAAAGGAUUUAACGUCAUCCUCCUCCUCCUCAUCAGCAGCAGGAGCAGCAAUUAGAAAAAGGAGAUACAUCUUGGAUGUACGAUCCUUUGGAAAAACGUGCCUCUUGGAGUACGAAAACGUUUGUGAAACUGCAGACUAUUCUAUCCAUGUAAAGAAUGGAAUAAGCGGCCAUGAUAUCAAGGCAACCUUGAUUCAAAAAGAAUCAAGUGAUCUUGUCUCGGUACACAAUUUGAUGGGCACCUUUUCUGAGGAUGGAAGUGUCCAAUUUAUUUUUAAAAGCAUUCCAUCACUACACUAUAGUGUCGUGUUGGAAAUGUCAGAUUUGAUAAACAAUGCCGACUACGAUAUCGGGAAUAAUUGUCACUGCCAAGGAUGUAGUGACAAUACGAGGGUAAUUGACUUGAACGAAAUGGAAAAUAGGAUCACACACACAGUAAGAAGUGACAAAAAAAAUAAAAUCACAUUUCCACAAAAGACAUUUGUUCAUGGAAAUUUUUUAUUUAACAAAUUUCUAUAUUUUCAUUCUGAACUAAAUACAAAAACAAUUGAAAAUUACACACAGCUAUAUUCUUUCUACAACGAAUUAGUGUAUCCUUGUUCAGGUACUAUUAUGACACACUCGGUAAAUUAUAACAUCCAUUAUGACUUGUCUAGUGUGCAUUGUUACCAUGUCCAUAUGGUGGAUAAAUUUAUAAAAAAGAUUCAGUCCACAAAUGGAGAUGAGAGGACAAGCGGUAGCUCGACGUUGAAUUUCAUGAGCAACAGUAAUAGCCACCCCAUACUUAUCAAAUUGGAGGAUAGACUCUCAAAUGACAAGUUGGUAAAUAUUAGCGGAAAGAAUUACAGAAUUCAACUUCCGUUGAGAUACAAAGAUAAUGGGUACUACUCUCCCAGAGGAAGCGUCGUCGGACGGUUGGUCACAAUUUACACGCGUAACGUCUUUUUCCAGAAGAAGUACAUCUAUAAGAAUAAUGUGAACAACCGAAUGGAGUACGUGCACAUGUUCAGAAUUCUUUUUAAUUUAUUCAAGGAGGUGUACAACGUUUCGUAUGAAGAUAUGUUGCUCUACACCACCGGGUUGACGAUGAAAAAGGAGGGGUUCACUUCUUCCUCCCACGUGGAUCAGGGGUAUAACAUAUACGCGGAGGAGCUGUCGGUACUGUUAAAUUCGUUGGCGUUUGAGUUCAACGCAGAGGCAGUAGGUCUCAACAGAGAGGUGCUGGUGAAGGAAGAAUCCCAGUUUGUGUCAGAAUACGGAUCGAACCACUUCGCGCAAGUGGAGAAGAACCAACUUGUACUUAGAUCUUCCACUGAAAUAUGUUUAGUCGUUUUGGAAUCUAUCGCUCGUGAGUUGAGUAGGUUUAUAAACUUACAACUGCAGAAGGAGCAUAGGAACACGUGCAACACGAUGAGACAGGGACACAGCUAUGCGAACAUGUCCCCCAUGUAUCAUACGUAUGAGUUGGAUUGUAACCUUUCUAUUUUGUACUUGGAAUAUAACCUGCCUGAAGAUGUCAUGGUAAAGCGCCUCAUAACGAACAAGACUCUAUUUGAGGAGGUCAAAUUGGAGCUUUUUUACAACAACAUAUUUGGGUACACGGUGUAUUUGCAUGUGCAGGUGGAUGAAAAGUUUGUGCGCAGCUUGAAGAAGCGUGUGCCGAAGUACGUAAACGGAAGUACCGUGGUGACGAUGACGGUGAUAGGGAGAAGGGUCGACGUGAGCGACGCCUCGGAAGUGAUGGUAAUUCUUAAGGAAAUUUCCUUCCCCAUGCAAUGCAGGGAGAACUGCACCAGUAAGCAUCCCAUAGUGGUGGAAGACAACUUGGACUACAUAACUGUUGGGGACAUAUGUGUGCAGAAUGAGGGAUUGCCAAAAGUUUGCUUUCCCGCGUACAGUUUCGGGUACGUGUUUGACACGAGGUUGCUGCGAGUGCAUAUGAUCAACAUCAAUCCGUAUCCCGAAAUUUUGCUGACCCCUUCUGUGCAGCGCUCCAUCGUUGAGGGCCACUUUUGCAUUUUGACCCCUACCCCUGGAGAGGUGAUUCUGGACGUAUCGGUGCCCUCGGUGUACGAGGACACGGUGUGCAAGGAGUACAUCAACAGGUGCAGCCUCAUAACGACGAAGUUUGUGCUGAACGAUGCGGGGUCGAUGCCUGGGAGAGCGGUGGCGGCUCUGAGGAGGAACCAGUUUGGAGUGCACCUGUCAACUCACUUUGAUGAGAAGCACGAGGAGAUGCUACAGGUGGUGUACCGCUUGGGCGGGAGCGGCGGAGCAAGCGGCCAAGUUAGCGGCGGCGAGCAGAGCUUCAUCCUGACUCACUACAACAACAGCUUUUACAUAAACGGGCGGUCGAACAAAAUGCAGUGGAGCCGCGCCAAGGAGUCCUUCUCCAAGCGAGGCUCCCCGGGGGGGAAAGCUUUGCAUGAUCGUAGCAGCGAUGCCGACGAGGAGGAUGAUGAUGAUGAGGACGCGUAUUACAAGGGGGUGUCUCAGAUAGACACCAAAACGCACAGGGUUCACGUGGUCGACAACAAAAACGUGGCGCUAACCCACAUGCAGACGCCCAAACAGAACGAUGCCACACGGUACCACCCAUUUGGAGAAAUCAGCAUUAACUACAAGAAGAUCAGGCCUAACAUGUACAUGAAAUUUUUGAAUAAUUAUAUGUACUUUUACGAAGGAGCAGAAACGUACAUCGAGGAGGAAACCUCGCCCCAUUUUGUGAACGUGUCUCCCUACCAGUACGAGUGUUUGGGAGCCUACGCCUACUUGAUGAACAAAUUUAACAUCCUCGUGAAUGACUCGCUGAAUUGUGAUGCCAUACAGAUGAUAGUCGAAGUGCUGUUGAAGGCCAACUUGGGGAAAUAUUUCAUUCAUCUUAAGGACAAGAAGAUACACUUGAACUUUUUCAAAAAACACGAGGAUUCACAUGACGUGUUCGACUUGGUGCACAUGGAAAUAUACGAAUCGCACGCACCUUUGAAGCCGAUAAAGACGUACAAACUGAAUGUGAGCAUUGAUGAAAAUAACUUAAACUUGUUGCACCAGCACAGGAAUGUCGAAUUCCCCAACAAGUACUUCUCCAACGUGUAUAUACUUCUGUUUAAGGCGGCUUACUUAUCGAACGGGUACGACUUUUACACGUUCUUUUACGAAUUGACUGGAAUACUUCUCAUCGACAAUGUUGUGGUGGAAAACAUGGACAAGCUGCUCCCCGAGGAGAGAGAAGCUGUGAAGACAAUAAAGUCUGUAUUGAAAGAACAGUUCGACGUAUCGCUUGAGAAGCACACCAUGGGGUACGACUUGCUGAUAAAUGAGAUAUCGCUGCUCGCGGCGUACGUCACGGAGUUAACGUCGUCUUAUAGGAAGGCGUCGCAGAGAGGCCUCGAUUGGGGGGUAGAACAACAACAAGGAGGGGAGCAAUCGGGAGCGGUGUCCGAGGCGGUGUCCGAGGCGGCGUCCGAGGCGGCGUCCGCGGCGCCCCUGGCCGGAAUCAAAUACUUCGUCUACGUGGACGAGUUCAAACACAGAAGCGAGAAGAAGAUCACGGCGAACGAGAUGGCCUACCACCUGGCCAAGCACGGCGCCCUCAUGAUCAAGAAGAAGUCCCUGUGCUGUUCCAACUUUGUGGAUGAAGUGGAGAAUUCUUUGUACUAUCACAUUCUGUACAGAUACGUUUUGGCUAGCCACAAAUUUGAGCAGGGCGUGGAAGAAGAGGCGGUCCUGCAGCAUCUGGAGGCCUUAUCCUCCUCCCCAGCAGGAGGAGCGACCAUUGGACACAGCAUAGUGCAGAGGCUUCUCGGCCGAGAAGUAAGCGCCUCGGCUGUGAACGCAAGCUGGAGCGAAAGCGACGUGGAGUACGUGAAGUAUGUGCAGUACGUGGAGUACGUGGCAAACUGGAUCAUGGGCGAAUCUGGAUACAUAUCGCGCAAGGAUGGAGCGGCGCAGUCGUCCAUCCACGUGAAUCUGCUAGAUUGCCUAAACAUGGACCUGCAGAAGCAUGACGAAAAUGUGAUCACGGAGUUUGCGUCCGAGUUUGACCAGCACGGAGCGCUGGUGUCGAUCACGAUGGAGAAGUGGGCAGCAUCGGGAGCAGCGGGAUCGGCGGGAUCGGCGGGAACCGACCAGUACGCCGUCUACUUCCUCUUCAGAAACCUGGCCGUCCCCUUCGUGGGAGAGACGCACAGGACGGAGACGCUAGAGCUGCGCAGAGUGCUCCUGCUGAAGGGAAGCGCCCCACACGCAGUGACGGACAGUUCAGUGCAGUUCAAAGUAUACAUCGACAACGUGAACAGCAAUUCCAUUUUUAUGCUGGAGAAGGUCAUCUUCGUUUCGAAAGAGGGCAACCAGCUGGUGAAGGAGAUCAACGUAGAGUACCAAACCUUUUUCGUGCACCCAUACAGCAUGGUAUUGAACACGGAAAUUAGGAACGCACACAUAGGAGUGGCCCAAAUGUAUUACGACAAAAUGUUGGAGUGUCACCAUUACUAUAACGGGCUUCAAGUGUGCAACAAUCCAAAGUUCGAUUAUGAAGGGUUCUCUCCCUACUACGUGUCCUACUUGGAAAAUAACCAGCGAAAGGACAUUUUAUUCAAGACCAAGGAAGAGGUAGCCAACAUGAUCAACAACGGGUACUUGUCUCUGUCGAAGAGGUUCAAACUUGACAUGGGAGGAGACGUGAUGACAGCAGAUAUUUAUCGAACCGUCCGCCUCAUCGUGGAGGAAGUGGCCUACUCAGUGGGUAUACACAAUCUAGGAGAGAAGUCUUGCGGAACGCUCUAUUUGAACAGGGGCCAACUUCACGUCCCAAACGAUGGGAAGUCACUCAUUUCGAACAUCUUCUACGACACGAACUAUUGCAUUGAUAAAGGGGCCGUCUUAAAGGAGAUACUUCAAAUAUGUAAUUUCGAGAAGAAGGACUUGGUGAAGCUGUUCGACUAUCUGCACAGCAACGUGCUACCGUACCAGUUGAACGAGAAGUUUGCCGAUUCGCUAACCAGGGAGGAGAUGCUCAGCCUGAUCUAUUACUUUUUGUCUGUUCCCCCCCAGGUGAACAAGCUGAUUAAGAAGAAUUCGAUUUAUUUGGAGAUCGGCGAGAUGAGCGUCCUGACGAACAAGGAUUCGUCUCAGGCGAGUGGCAGAAAGGAAGAGCCAUCCGCAGCAGUAGUAGUGGUAGUAGAUCCUUCCGCGUCUUUCUCGGACUCGCUUCUCAUAAGCAAGAGCAUGCUAUCCCCGAAGAGAUUGAACGAAGAGUCGAUCAUACAGUUCAACGUGUCGCUGUACACAGAGCUGCUGAAGAACCUGCGACAAUUGCGCGAGAAGAGUGGACAAAAGGUGGACGACCCGACAGACGUGCCGCAACACGUCGAGGGAGGAAGUGGCGCGUACGACCAGAAGGAGAAGGAGAAAGUGAUCCACGAAGUGAAGAGCUACGUGCAGAACAGCCGCACGUGCAGCGUGAAUGGAAGAAGCGACGGAGGCGCAGUCGUCUCGUUGACACCUCCCCAGUUUUCCAACGCCGGACCGAUGUCCAAGCCGGACGACGUUCUGACCUACAACGUCCCCAGCUUCACUUACACGGAAGAAGCCAUCUACGUGAAGGAGCAGCCAGACAUUCAUAGCGCAUUCAACAACUUGUUUCUCUAUGAGGGACAGAGUACCGCAAAUGGAAAAUUCCUAAGCGCAAUAGUGGUUCUUUCCCCCCAUAGGUUUUUAUCCCUUGAGAACGUUACCUAUGUAGGGCUCAUAGCCAACACGUUCGACGACACCAACCAGUUCGUGUUGAAGUGUUACCCUCAUAAGAAGUACGACACGUCUAAAUUUGCGAGCAAGUUUAAUUUGGAACCCAACACAGUGUACUUGGUGUGUAGAAACAUAGCCGUCAAAUAUUUGAAAAAUGGACUCUACGAGUUUAACAAGUAUGUGGUAGAGUACGACACGGAUUCGAAUGGCACCGUCGGGACGCACAUCUAUGAGAGCUUGCCGAUAAGGCCAGUAUACGAAGUUUGUAAUGACCCCAAAGUGGUGGUUCCCAAGGCGGAAAAUGUCAGCAUUGAGGUGAAACUUGUGCAGAGCAGCAGUACAUCUGCCACAAACGCGGAGAUGGUGGAGUACCAAAUAGAGGUGAAUGGAUUGGUUGAGCUACACACGGAUCCAUACGUUGUGGUGAAGCCGAUCUUUACGCACAGCUCGUACUUGUACAACACGAUUAUCUACACGACCGACGAUUUCGUGUCUUAUACGUACCCAAGGAAGCUGAAGCACUGGGAGUUUUUGAGGCUCCCCUUUAGCAAGGGUCUGUUCAAGGACAACACGCUUACUUUGAGAAAGCUGCAGUGUAAUAAGGAGAGAGGGAUGCAGGACAGCUCGAAGUUGCACUACGUAUACUCGCUUGUGAUGGUCAAAUCGUUCACUUUGUUGAAGGUUGUCAUAAAGGACCUCUAUGGCAACGAGUACGAAGUGAAGUUGGACGGGGAGGAGGAGCCGCAAACGAGCGCGGUCGGUGGUACUGCUGUAACCCCAGUAGAAGCCAAGCCGGGAAAGGAGGAAGCCAAGCCGGGAAAGGAGGAAGCCAAGCCGGGUGCAAGGAAGAAACCAAGCCGUGCAAGGAAGAAACCAAGCCGUAGCAGCAAAAACUUGUGCACCUCGUUCCUACUGAGCAUACAGAGCAAAAGCAGCAUCGGCGAUGAUGAUGGCACCUCCUUGGAGGAGUCCUUCUUCCUCGUGCACUCGUCGUGCAUCGUGAGGGAGGGCGUCAUAUCGCUGAGAGUAGCAGAGGACAGGGAGACCUACUCCACGGACGCGGAAGAGAAGCACCUCAUGAAUAGGGACACGUUCGACGAGAUCUACAAAAUGAUAUGCGAGCAGAUCAAGCUGCAGAAGGGAGACUACUCUGUAAAAAUUUCGAGCAGCGCGCAAAAGGAGGAGAUCCCCGAUAAAAAGAUGUCGGUGCAAAGGGUGCACGAAGACGGAUCGGACUACUACAACAGAGGCUUGUACAACCUUUGGGAGAAGGGGUUCAGCGUGGACUUGUUUGGGAAAAAGGGACAACAAGCGGUGGCAGUACCCCCUAAAGAGGCACCCAAGGUAGAGGCGCCCAAAGUAGAGGCACCAAAAGUGGAGACACCAAAAGUGGAGACACCAAAAGUGGAGACACCAAAAGUAGAGAGCCCCCAGGAAGAACUCGUCCAGGUGCAGUACGACAGAAGAGUCGACUACCUCAUAAACAUCAAGAGGACAGACACACCGAAGGAUGACAAAGAAAAGGCGUACGAAGACAAUUACACGCUACUUACGGGAACGCUAAACUCUAGUGUAACGUCCGUGGUAGUGAAGGACGGAAAGCUGAGCGCAACGUGUUUAGAAGGAGACUGCAUUUUGGAGAAUACGUUCCUUGAGGAUAUGAUGAACGCGAAGAAUCUGAAGAACGGCAUAUACGAACUGGACAUAAAAAAGAGGAUCCAUUUGACCAAGAGCGAUGACAGCGACAGGGGAGAUGCGCCAUCAGCAUUGGAAGCAGCAUCGGGAGCAGCAUCGGGAGCAGCAUCGGGAGCAGCAUCGGGAGCAGCAUCGGGAGCAGCAUCGUUUUCCCUGAGAGGGGGACACACACGCAAUGGCGGUACCCUCGUGUGCAUUGUGGAAAACUCGUUUAACACGCUAAGUGGAGGCAUGAAAUUUAGGAAGGUAGUUCAUGUGCAAGGAGAGGAACAACUGAGUGCAAAAGAAGGGACGUACGAUGUGUUUAUAACGAAGGGGAAAUACCUAGUAAAGGAGGGAAGCAGCAACAGUGAAACUGCAAAAGACUCUGAAGUGAUCAAGAGGUGCAUUAACAAAGCGUGGAAGGUAAAGAAGAACACAGAUUACAAGUUUGGAGUGCAACUCACCACCAGUGUUGCUGAUGAUGCCAAGGUAGGCGGUACGCGUCUCUCUCUGCUAGGUGAUGAAGAGAAAGAAUACUACCUUGUGGUGAACAAGCUAGGAAAGAACGGCAUGCCACUCUAUACGAAAAAUAGAAUCGUACAUUUGAUUGGAAAGAAGGGGUUAACCGAUGGCAAGUACAUUGUGAAGGUGAAUGGCGACAAGUACGUAUCGGAGGCACUGAACGUAACGAGUGAUGGUGCAGAAACGACUGUUAGCACCACACCUUUAGGGGAAGCGGCCGAUAGGGAUGAAAAUUUCUUUCAUAAUGUAUUCAAGAUGUUACACAAGAAGCCAAGCAACGGGUCUUACUAUGUAGAAUUUUCAAAUAGCGAAAUUGUCGAUGUGAACAACGGGAUCCUUUUCACAGAUCAGAUAGUGUUGACUGAAUCGGUGGCUACAUCUACUCAUGACAUGAAAGAUGGACAGGAUGAAGAAAUGGAAAAACAGGACAGUAUUGUUAAAGCUUACCUAGUGGAAGUAGUGAGUGACACCGAAGAAGACGAAGAAAUUGCUGAAUACGAAGAAGUGUAUGUACUGCACGGGUACACCUUAAAAGGAGGACAGUUCCAUAUAGAAUACAAUGAUGGGGUGUGCACUAUGAAGAGUAUAGUAAGAGGAAAUGAAAGCACACGUUCGAGUGACAUAGAGAAGGUGUUGAAGAUAUCAGGAAGGAAGAUGAACAAGGGCAGUUACUUUGUACACGUUAAUGAGCUUUUCAUGGAUGAGCAGGGAGAGUACUUUGACAACCCGUAUGCUCCCCUAUGGAAGAAUAAGAAGGACCAGAGUGGAGGAGUUCACCAAGGUGGCUUCAUCGCGCAAGAGAUAAAUGAAGGAGGGGCCCUAAUCGAUGACGCGUUUUGGAAGCACGUCAUGCAGAAUGUGACCGUGAGGGAGUUCCACAAAGGAAGCAUGAAACCGUUGAUCACCGCGCAUGGGCAAGGUGGACCAAAGGGAGGAGAAGGAGAAGAGGGAGAAGAGGGAGAAGAGGGAGAAGAUGAACGACCCUUUCACGCAUACGUCCAUCUGCAUAACGACGGACAAGGCAAUAGCUGCACCUUUAGGAAAGUACUACAGGGAUGGGGCACUGGGUUGCAAAAAGGAAAGUACUACGUACAAGUGAUGAAUGGGUCCUACUUCCCAACGACUGUCUACGGUCCCAAUGUGAAUAAUGAAUACCUGAAGAUGCUCAUAGAGAAUGCGUGGGAUUAUCCAUACAGAACCAUGUUAGGUUUCUAUGUUGAUAUUCACCCAGGAGAUGCUCAAGGAGUAGAACAAAACAUGGAAAAGACGCUGGAGGCAGGGGAGGCGUAUUACAGCGUCGUCAUUAGGCAGUUGAAUGGUGAGAAGCAUGCUAACAGGGGAGGAGAUGCCACCAGACAAAGCGAGCUGAUCAAAAUUACGGGGAGAGACGUACCUACAGGGGAGUACUUCAUAGAGGUGACUGAUGAAAAGGGCACCGCUACCGGAAUGGACGCGAAUGGCAAAAAAAUGGACGCGCCUUUUCUCAAAAAUGUUGCAUUGUUGCUGUAUGACAUGAGGAAGAGGGGCAAGUACCACGUGGUGAUUACUAAGGACGUGCACGUUGCGAAGACUGAGCAGGGGGGAGCGGUAGCAGCGGUAGAAGCGGUAGAAGCGGCGGGAUCGGCGGGAUCGGCGGGAUCGGCGAGACCUGCCGGAUCUGCCGCCCCCGCUGUGGAGAAGAAGCUGCUGAGUAAGACCCUCGAGGUGACGAAGCUGAACCUAGUGGACGGGUCCGAGAUCCUGCAAAAAGUGAGAACGAUAAUCAAAGCGAUCAAGGUGCACCCGGAAAGAAACAUCCCCGACGGAAGUUACGGAAUGAAUGUCUAUACCAACGGGAUGAUCCAAAUAAGGGGAAUGUACAUGAGUAACUUAUUAGGUCCAUUGGAAGAGGCAGAACUGAAGAGAGUGUUGCCAUCCCCCCCACCAACCGGAUUGUCUAGCGGCCUUUACUUGGUGCAGGUGAAGAGCAAUAAUGUAAGGCAAGAGAUAGGAUCAAGAAGCAGCUUUAGAGAGGGAAGGGAUACAUCAUCGAGUGGUUCUUCUUCAUCUGGUUCUUCUUCAUCUGGUUCUUCUUCAUCUGGUUCUUCUUCAUCUGGUUCUUCUUCAUCUGGUUUCCCCUCGUGUACUGGCACUUCCGCGGGAAAGAAGACUUCUAUGACUAUAACGAACGGGGAUGGCAGCGUGGUUUACUAUGACAACCAGCCACACGCCAUGGGUCGAAUACCUCUGCCAUUCGUGAAGGGCGACAGAACGAUGACUCACUAUCAGAGAGGAAACUGCCAGGAUAACAUAAAGGUGACCCACUGCACGUCGUCGACCCCAAGCAACUGCAGGAAUGUGUUCAAGGCCCGACGCGUUGGAGAAUGA